AUGGGUUUGCUAGCGCUUGGAACAGCAUUGGAAUGGCCUGAGGCAAAGAAGAAUGCCGGCCAAGUCCGUGAAUGGGGUAUUGAGCAAUUACUUGCAAAUUGGCGCCGUGCACGUGGGAAGGAGCGCGAUGCUCUGCUAUGGGGUGAUGAGGUCGAAUACCUUGUUGUAGCAGUGGACGGGGAGGCCAAGAAAGCCCGGUUAUCUCUUGCUCAGGCUGAGAUUCUCAAGUCACUGGCCAGGGACGAAGCACUGUGGCAGGCAGGCUCUGAAAACAAUGUCCAGGGACCUGAGAAUGAUGAGGAACCACCUCACUUUCACCCAGAAUUUGGACGAUUUAUGCUUGAGGCUACACCAGGAAGGCCAUGGGGAAUUGGUUUCAAAGAUCUACUGAAGGUAGAGUCCAAUAUGAAGCGGAGACGUGAGGUUGCGAAAGCCCACAUGGCACCCAACGAAUACCCCAUCACCCUGACGACGUUCCCUCGCCUGGGCACAAAGGACGACUACAUCCAACCGUAUUUCCCUCCGUCCGGUCCAGCAUUGCGCUCGCAGUUUGUUCCCGACGAGAUUGCCAAUCCUCACAUCAGAUUCCCGACUUUGGCGGCCAAUAUAAGAUCAAGAAGGGGCCGAAAGGUAGAAUUGAAUGUACCUGUUUUCAAGGACACAAACACACCUGAGCCUUUCAAAGAUCCAACCGUGGAUUAUGAUCUCCAUCAGUGGCCUGAAGAUGACGAUGUUCGGAAUGGAGCCGCAAAAGACGGCCAUGUCUAUAUGGACGCCAUGGCGUUUGGAAUGGGUAGCUGCUGUCUUCAGAUUACAUUCCAAGCGAAAAAUAUGACGGAGGGGAGAAGACUCUAUGACCAACUCAGCCCCCUGGGCCCAAUUCUUCUGGCACUCACUGCCGCGACACCGAUAUAUAAGGGAUUCCUUGUCGACACAGAUGUUCGAUGGAACCAAAUUGGCGGGGCGGUCGAUGACCGAACCCCUGAAGAACUUGGAGAGCUUCCGCUCAAGAAUGAUCGGUGGAGGAUCCCCAAGUCCAGGUACGCGUCAAAUUCGACCUACAUUUCCCAAGAUCCCAGGCUACGAAAGGAGUAUCUGGAUCCGGAUUUGAUUGUCGACAAAGAUAUCAAGAAACGCCUAUUGGAAGGCGGUAUGGAUGAUCUUUUGGCUACGCAUUUUGCGCACCUCUUCAUUCGGGACCCCUUGGUUAUUUUCUCUGAAGAUCUCAAGGAAUUGGAUUUGAGCAAGGCCGAUCACUUUGAGAACUUGCAGUCUACAAAUUGGCAACACAUGCGCUUCAAGCCACCACCGCCUGACAAGGAUGAUAUCGGUUGGAGAGUUGAAUUCCGCUCGAUGGAAAUCCAGAUGACGGAUUUUGAGAAUGCUGCCUUUAGCAUUUUCAUUGUGCUCGUCACCCGUGCCAUUCUGAGCUUUGAUCUGAAUUUCUACAUCCCUAUUCAGCGGACGACUGAGAAUAUGGAGACGGCGCACGCACGCAACGCAGUGCACGACCAGAAGUUCUAUUUCCGCAAGGACCCGUUUGCUCGCCGUGCUCCAAGACAGCAACAGCAGUCGGCUAACAGCAGCAACUUCUCGUCUACUGCUUCUUCUGCUGUCAAUACGCCACCACCGUCACCUCCUCUUGGCCCAGUGGAAAUGGAAUACGAUCUCAUGACAAUUUCGGACAUUAUCAACGGUUCCUCUGACGGAUCUUUCCCUGGACUUAUUCCACUUGUUGAAUCUUAUUUGGACAGUGUCAAUGUGGACGUCGAGACCCGUUGCUCUUUGGCAAGUUAUCUGGACUUGAUCAGAAAGCGGGCAGAUGGGAGACUUUGGACUGGAGCCAAGUGGAUCCGUGAAUUUGUCGCAUCACACCCAGGAUACAAGCAUGACAGUGUGGUAUCUGAGGAAAUCUGCUACGAUCUCGUCAAAUCGGUUGAUGAGAUGGCCGUGAAGGAAGGUAAGGGAGGAAGCGCUGGAUGGGAGCUACUCCGGGGCAAGAAGAAUUAG